AUGACAAACUUUCAGACACCAACUGGUUUGGAGAGCCCGGUGGCACAGAGAGCGACUCUUCUCAAUCGCCAUACAAGCGUUUGUCGGAACUUAUUUGGACCCAUCGACCAUGACGAGCUGAGCCGCGAGUUGAAGGCGAAGCUGAGGGAAAUCUCUGAACGAGACCAGCGUCGAUGGAACUUCCACUUCGAGACAGACACACCAAUUCCCGGGAGUUACGAAUGGGAAGGGAUGUCAGCGGACUCAACGCCUGCCUUCUACCAGGAGUCGAGGAAAGUUGGAGGCAUGAGGGUUCAGGUUGUGACAUCAAACACAGACUUUCCCUCAGAGGUUGUCACUGAUAAUGUGUGUGGUUGUUGCCUCAACCAAACCCCUCUAUCAGACUGGGAACCGACUGCACUUUGUUCCAACGAAGUUAACCAAGAGAAUUGGUCCAAUUCCCCCAAUACGAGGAAAUGUAACUCCAAACCAACACCGUUUAUUCGGCGUAAGAGGUCGAUGACAACAUCUUAUGAACGUGCAGUCAACGUCACUCAAAUUACAGGUAGGUCUAUACAUUUUCUUGGUAACGAUAUAUAACUCCGUAAUAAGCAACUCGUUUUAAAGGCUUGCCGACUACAUAAUGUUGAUGUUCUCGUAUGAUUGACUCUAAUAUGAACUGAAGGCUAACCAUUCUACGCUUCUUCCCCGCAGAUUUUUUCCCAAAGAGGAGGAGAAGAUCAACGUCUGAGAUGAAGAGCACCCAGCACAAUUCUUCCCUCUCAAUUCCACUUGAACAAACGCCACGCAAAGCUCAAAUAAUUCGAUAA